AUGCCCUCUCAGAGUCAUCGCCCACGAGGGUCGGCAGGUCUGGCUCUCACAAGCGCGGCUUUGCGCAGAGGUGACGUGAAGAUAUCCGAUCCAAUACCUUUCGACGAAUCUGGAGACGCCUUCUCCCAUUCCAAACCCGUCAUACAGUCGUUCCACAGCUCUGGGUAUCGACACGACGACGCCUCGUGGCUACGAAAUAAUCAUCCGACGCAAGAAGCCCAUACCCGCUAUGUCAGUGACCUUCGGGCUUACGCUGGGGCUCGCGAUUCUCUUGAGCCAUCCAGUCUCCCCCGCUCCAUGUCGUCAAUACCUUCCAAGGCGUCACUGGACCAGAGGAAGCCUGGAGGAAUUCGCGCUGCUCUCAAGCGCAUCUUCUCUAGCAGGCGACACACAUCUGCACCUACCGGCUCAAAUGGGUAUCAAUACGGCAACCACAAUCGCCUCCUUUCUGUUUCCGAGCAACCGACGCAGCCGCGGGUUGACCCUGCCUCUCCUUCGGAAACUCUCUCACGGGGCGCCGCGCUCAGGUCACACUCAACUCAUCAGCAAGCAGACUCACUUAAGCAAAGCUCACCGAUUCUUCUGCGGCGCGGGCGGCGCAACACUUUGCCAAGCAUGGUCUUCAACGACAAAGAGUCAGGGCUGGACCAUACGAUUGCCAACUGGGGGAGAGCGUCUCACAACGAAUGGCCAAAAGAAGACUAUGUCUCGGAUAGUCAGUUGAACCGUCGUUCUAGAAGUGCAGAUGCGCUCAAUGAGCGCCAGCGCCAGGAAGACUAUCGAUCGUCUUAUAUUCGUGACCGAGCAAGCGAGAUAGCCUACUGGCGCACUAGUGCCAUAGAGAAUCCUGUCCCCGUGUACAGUGGGCAAUUCAUUGCUGUUGAUCCGGGGCACGUUCUGUGUCCAGGGAAGUCAGCAGUCGACUUAGCGCCAGUGCCCGGUAGUGCGAGCCCUAUGCAAAGCUUUGAGUUCGGCCUCAACAGCACGGACAGAGAUUCGACCGCUCUCGAGCAAAGAGUGAACACUCUAGAAAUAAAGCUCUUCGACUUUGAAUAUGCGAUCGCGAAGCUCCAGGGCAACAACAUACAGAAACCUAUGGUUCACGCUAAGACUUUUGCUCGAGGGGCAGUACACAAUGUCUUCCCUGGUAGCAACACCCAUCUGGCUAUGACAUCUGGACCUUCACCAAAUCUGAACCGUCGCUGUUCUCCAAAGACGGUGCAUGCAUCCACCUUCUUGUCUUCUCCUGGAGAAUCGCCCCCUUCUUCGCCCGAAGAAGGCAAGCGAGUCCGGCCUCAAAGGGCAAGCACGGCCACCACUGUCACUAUCCGACCAAGUUCUGCUCGUCGAAGGUCAGCAUCACGGUCAAGCAGGACGUCACAAUCUUCAAUUCACAUGUCUGCGGAUAAGUUCAGGGCGUUGAUGGGCCUCAUCGAAGAAGAAAAAGUAGCACGUCAACAGCUAGAGGCACAGGUAAUAGAGCUGCAGAAAGAAUUGGAGGACAUGCGCACUCCUAUCUAUGCAACCAUCAGAGAUGCAUAUCCAACACCUAGUCCUGAAUCGGCGCACGAUAGCUCCGGCACGCCCCGGACUCUGCAUCGGACACAUGGAUUUCAAUUGAGCCAUUCCGGGUCCGAGAUUUCGCGGUUCAGCGAGACAGACCCCGAUUCAGACCCCACAGAAGGAUUGGGGGUCAAGCAGAGAUACUUUUGA